GUUUCCAGAAAAUGGCAGGAUUGUGUGUUGAAGUUAAUUCUGACACGUAUUUUAUGAAAAUACGUAAAUAAUUUGUGAAAAAUUUGCAAUGCUUGUACUCUAACAGAGUUUUUAUAUUGUAUUCUAUAUUAUAUACUUAAAAAAUGGAGUUCCGUGAGACGUUAUUAGCUGCUCAACGAAAUCAACAACAAAAGUCAUCUGAAAAUUUGUACUACAAAGCCCGGUUUGACCCUCCAAAAAAGGAGCAAAAACAGAGAGACCGACUGUCAGCUAAUAUACAAAAGUUUUUGGCAAAGAAAGAUGAAGAAGAAAAACUUAAAAAGCGAGAAGCUCAAAAGAAGAAAGAGGACUUGCUUGCGAUGCGAGAUCCCAAAGCCCUUAGAAAGAUCCAGAAGACUUUAAAAGUGAUAAAGUCUGCCAAUAAAGCCGCAAUACAGGAUGCAAUUGAUAAUGAUAAUACAGCGGUGACCCUCACUGGGCCCGACCAGCCUGAUCAAGAUGAUUAUGGAUACGAGUCGCAGGAAGCGGCCGCGCUGUAUGCAAAAAUGAUGCAGAAGUAUAGCAAACUACCUGAGGAGCCCAAGUUUCCCUCGGGCAAUCAGACAGUGAAGAAAGAUCUAAAUGGUACCAGAGAGCGAGUGAAACAUGCUCUACAAAGUGAGGAUGAACCGGUACCACACAAGAGGAGACGCAGGACUGAGAAUGGAGAAAAAGAACAAAGUCCACCAACAAGAUAUGAGCCUGAAAAAGAAAAGAGGAGAGAAGAUUCAAAAUCUGACAAGCCCAAGCCUAGAAGGCCAGCGCCGCCGCCGAUGGAUUUCAAUCAAUUGCUUAAACUCGCAGAACAAAAGAAAAGCGAGCCAUUGGAAGCGGUACAAAAGAAGGCCUUGCAAGAGUCGGAGACGGAGAGGUUGAUGACAAAAAAACAGAAGCGGGAAUACGAAGAGGAGAUGGCACGUCGACAGCGGAGGCAAGAGAGGAUCGAUGCGGAGGCAAAAGGUGGCAAACCAAAACAGCCUAGAGAAAACAGGUCAAUGGACAAAGAUCGACCUGUGGAAAGAGAAAGGAAACCAGAAUCGGGAGGGUUUGGGAGGAUCCCAAAACUCACAGACAAAAAUAACAGCAGAAAUGACAGUCCAAAACCUGAUAGGGAUCGAGAACGUUUUGAGAAGUUGCAAAGAGAAAAGGAAAGAGCCAAAAUAGAUAGGGAAAAGAAUGACCGCGAAAAAGAAAGAUUGGAGAGAGCCAGACUAGACAAGGAGAGAUUAGACAAAUUAAAAGCGGAACGAGAGAGAAUCGACAGGGACAUAGCUAGGUUAAACAUAGAUAGAGAACGAUUAGAUAAGGCAAAAACAAAAUUGGAAACGAGGACAACAGAUAAACCAAGCAAACCUGCAGAUAAUGGUGUUGAUAGGUCGAAAUUGAAUUCUAGGGAAAAUGUAAAGAAAAACAUAGAUUUAAAGAGUCAGAACACAUAUAGAAUAGAUAAGAAUUCUAAUGAAAAGAAAUUUGCCGCACCGAACAAGGACAGUAACGGUAAAUACUUAAAUGGUCACAGUACACAAGGUAAAUCAGUGCCAAAAUCUAGGGAGCAAAUACCGCAAAAGAACGGUGUUCGGGAGAAAGAGCAGUUGAAGCCUAGAGCAAGUGAUGGGCGACCCGAGAAUGGUAAACGGCUGCACGAGAAGGAGUUAUCCAAGAGGCCUGACGAUAGGAAGAUGCCACAAGGGAAUCCCAAGCUGCAGCCUGGCUCCAGCAAGCCUAAGCCGACAAGUAGCUUUGACUUUGACAAACACAUUAAUUCAAUAGGGAAGAAUGGCCAUGCAGCCAACAAGAACGGCGUUAAAAGGCCGGAUGGUAUGAAGAAACGGCCUCAGCCUGAUGACAGAAGGAAACAAAAACGUCGCGCUGUAGAUUCUGAUUCAGAAUACGAUUCUGAGUUGGAUGAUUUCAUUGACGAUGGCGAUGAAGAAAUGGACUAUUCGAAACAUAUAAAAGAGAUAUUCGGAUACGACAAAUCUAAGUACAGAGACAUAGAUGAUGAUGAUGACCCUGACAUGGAAUCCAGUUUCGCGCGACAACAGCGCGAAGAAUACAUCAGUAAGAAGAUUGGCAUAAUGGAGGAUUUGGAAGACAUGAGGAUGGAGGCGAUGAUGAAAAAAAAAAGUAAGAAAGGUCGACGCAUUAGUGACGACGACUAACGGCGCUCGAACAACGCUCACCCACGGACCAAGAGAUCAGUCGCACCGGCUGAAUAUGCUGCAGAUAUGUUCAAUGCGCUAAACCGAUCUCCGCAACGCUACAUCAAUCUACAAACACUGACAAAUAUAUACAAUGCUGUCCAAUCCCAAGCACGCAGGCCAUGAUGUGGGGAGGAUGUGGUUAAUCUACCCCCGAUAUCUGGCCCGCGGAUGAAAUUGGAUGCAUAAUUUGUGCCCACUUCCAAUAUUGGUUGGACAGCCUUGAUUUAGGCCAUAGUCUCACAUGCUGUUUCACAACAAUUUGAACCGAAGUACUUUCGAUCUGUAAAAAUAAAGCACAAAUUCGACUCACAAGCCUUUUGUAAACCGUUCUAUUAUGUAUCAUUAAUUUUCAUAGCAUGUCAAUUGUAAAAUUAAUUAAGCAUCAGCUUGCAAUUAAAUUUGUCGUGUGAAACCCGUGAUGGUGCUGCUAACACAAAAUGUUAAUACGUGUUGCAAACUGUAUAGUAUUUAACGACUUUUGACUAAUCAAGAGUGUAAUAUAAUAGUUGUAUUAAUACGAGAGGUGUUGCAUUGCGCGUAUCUGUACCAGUUGUAGUUAUAGCAAUCGUGUUACCUAUGUAUAAAUCAUAUGUUUUGUAUGUUUGUAUAUGGUGGAUAAGAUGAGUGGAUAAGUUGUAAGAUAUAUUGAUUAAUUUGCAAUGUCACUUUAAUUUGUGGUUUUAGUGUAGACAGUAAAGCCGCCCACAUAAGUAGUUGAAUAAAAUUUAAAAAACCAAACCGCCUAUACGUUUUUCUAUUAUUAAUUUUUUUAUCAAAAUAAAAUAAGGAAUUUACGUUAUCUCAUAUAAAUAGUGGAUUAUACCUAAUGUGUAUGGGUGAUUGAAAUUUUGGAUUCGUUCAGGUACUUUUGUGGUCGUCUGUACAUUUCACCCUAAUAUUUCUAGUUAUGGGCUUUCGUUUCGUGUUGACGUUUUUGGCUACGGUUGUGAAUUUUCGCGCCAACAAUAAAAAUUGAUUGAACUAUAAUUAUUUAUAUAGAGAUAAGUGACUUACAAAUAUUUAAGGGGUUUGUUUUGUAUAUUAUGUUUAUCACAGUUGGUUGAUUGCAAAUAUUUGAGUUUAUAGCAAUAGUUAUAAUUAUUAAUAAUGAUUUGCUAUAUAUUAGUGCUGUACUAUUACUAUGGGAAUAGUGGAUAAGUUUUGUAUGCAGUUAUUGGCAUUAUCUAAGUUGUUUACACUGUUGUAUGUUGAUAGAAUGUGUCGUAUAAUUGUCGUAUUAAUCCACUAUCCAUUUCGGACAAACAUGAAUUGAUCUCUACAAAAUUACUAUUUUGAUGAUUAGAUAACAUUGAUUGUUUUAUAAAAGCCUCUGUGGAUAUCGUGGAUAAUAAAUAUUUUUACAAUGGCAAUUAUUAUGCCUUAUAUUAUGUAUUUAAGCAUUUAACAAUUUCAAAUGUUAAAUGACUCAUUAUUAUGUCUAUAUGAUAACACUAUUGUACAUCUUGUAUAUUAUGCUUCGUGAUGAGAAGAAAAAUACAAAAAAAUCACUAAUAAAGAGUAUUUUCAACUA